AUGAAUCACAACAACUGGAGGCCCGCUUGGAUACGCGGUAACAAGUUCGAAGACAUCGUCUGGAUAACGAAGGACGUUCUAGCAUGGUGUUCCGGUAUUCUCAUCGUGUUCUUCAACAUCAGUCAGAGGAAACAGAGUUUUUACUGGUGCUGGAAUCACGACACUGGAGACGGCGUCCGGUGUCUCUCCGCUCACAAGACACUGUCCGUGUUCGCCUUCGCGGAGAAGAUCAUUCAACCGAGAAUCCUCGUCUUCUCUUACCCGUCCAUGUCGAAAAUUGCCGAAUGCACCGGUGGAUGCGCUUCCGGAUACUUAACCACUGCGUUUGCCCAGGGAGAUCACUUGAUUUCCAUUGGAUCGUAUCCUCUCUUUAUGAUGACCAUUUGGAAUUGGAGAACCGGAGAGAAGAUUAUUUCCGUGAAUACUUUUAUACGCGACGAGGUUGGACAGAUCUUGAAGAUAACUCAGAUCGGAACCACCGUUGUCGGCCAACUGGGCAGAACUUGCGGACAGUUGUACACGUGGGAAGUGGAUAUCGCUGGGAAAGUCGCCAUCGUGAAAGAUCACGAGAUAAAGCUUCCGAGAGAUACGUCGAUCCUGUGGGCAGACUGGAGUCCAACAUCUACGGAACCGCUGCUAGCCAUCGCAGACGUCGACGGCCACGUCUUCCUCAGCAACUUAGAUGGAAGUAGCAUCAAUCGUAUCGUGUAUUCCCAACGAUGUGACAUCUGCACGGACGUAGAAUUGCCGAUAGUCGCCUGGUUCCGAGAUGGUAUUAUCUUACGAACGACGUUCUGUCAAAUUCGUUUCUUCACGAGGAACCCGAGAACGAGUUCGUGGCGAAGGGAAUGGUACGUGAAGUCGGAAACAAGGCCGUACGUUCUGGUGACUCAUCCGUACGAAAAUCGAUUCUUCUACACCACGUUAGAAGGAUAUUUGAUGCAGAUCGAUUUCACCGAAGACGAUGCGGCUCCUAGAGUUCUUAUGGUUCUCAAUUACGGCGCUGCCUAUCGAUUCGCGGAUUUUAUCUAUCCCUGGUGCCAUCAUCUCGUUGUGACUUGCGAUGUGAAGAAAGAGUUGAUCGUCGUCGAGUGUUACGAAGGGAAACCGUUAUCUUCCAUCGAUCCAGAAAUUGAAAGCGAAAUUACUUGUCAAGUUUCACAUCCAGAUUUUCCGUUAGUCGUGUUGGGAACGGAAAACGGCGAAGUGGUAUUCGUUACCUUUGUCGAACCGAUCGAACCUAGGAUCGCAGCUCGAGUGAGGCUGCAAAGAACGCCGAUAGAUUUAAUCAAGUUUUCAAACACUGGAAGAUUCAUGGUCGCUGGCGAGAAAAGAACCGGCAACUGUUACUGCGUAAGUCUUCAGCGCGACAAGAUGUACACCCCGGUAACGUUGAUCCAAGUUCGUCGCAUGAUCACGGAUCUUCUGAUCUACGAAGGAUUCAGGCAGCUGCGAGUCCUUGUCCUUUACGUGGGCGCGAAACAUUACAACAUAGGACAGAUCGUGGACCUAUACGAAGCGUCAUCGGAACAAAAUUUGAUCACCGAUCCCCUACAGUCGUUGAAACUUCCUGGCGUGUAUCGUACUCUCUAUCACGUCCCUGGAAAUCCGAUGUUGCUCAUAGGAUCUCCUUAUCUGACGCGUCAAUUACGAGUGCAGAGGGUGCAUGAUUUUAAGCAAAUCUUUAUGGAGGACGGUUUAGCGACGGGACAUCAGGUUAAGCUGGCUAAUUUGUACGUCGAUCGAUCAUGGAUCAUUACCACCGCUCUCGAUGGAUGCGUCUUGAUCAGAGAUAAAACGGUACGACGAGUAGUGGCGCAUAUCAUGACGCACCAUAGGUCCGAUUUGGGUACGACCAAGGCUAUGGCGAAUAAACAAGGCGACUUGAUCGUUUGUUUGGGCUACGAUGGCUCGUUGGUCGGUAUCGUUGGAGAAAGAAAGGAACCGCUGUACAAAACCGAAUACGAAGUUUACGAAAGGCUGAAGAAAAAGAUCCAGUCGGACUACGCCAGCCUCGAUCCUACGAUUUACGAGCUAUUAACGCGUCCAAAGUACGAGUUCCCCGAUCCAAAACAGGGUGACAAGACCUGGUCGGAUUGGAGGGAUGAGAUACAGCUGAAAGAAGAGGAAGAAAAAUGUAAGGAAGAAAGAGCGGCAAUUUUGGCAGACUUCGAAGUCCUACGAGGCAAGGUGAAAAAGUUACUGGAUACGAACGACGCCAGUCCGGAAAUAGAGAAACUUCCUGUGUCGUCCUUCGAUCUAGAUCUCACAAACCGUGAUCAGAAAUUGAAAGCAGGCCGCGACAUCUGUGAAAAUCUUCGCUUGGAGCUCGAGCACAAUAUCUCUGAGACGCGCAGAGUGUCAAAAUGGAUUCACAAGGUUUUCUGGGACCCUCAACAGGUUCUGGGCAAAUGUCUGUUCGCCAUUUUCGGUACCAUACAGGUUACCAAUUAUCCCGAGUUCUCCGAAGCGACAGACGAAAAAUACCACUUCCAGUGGGCGAAUUUUUGCAAGAAAACCGCCUAUGAUAUUUUGGAGAACGAUAAGUUUGAACCUUGGAGGAUUUAUACCGCGGAAGAGCUACAAGUCGAGCUACAUAAGAAGCAGAAGGUGUACUAUGAACACGAGAGAAGAUUGGAUUUAUUGCUCGAGAACGAUGACGAUCAGGAGGAACUGGAGGAAGAGAAGAUAGCCAUUGUCAAGGCAGACUUGGAGGAACAGAGGGCGAUGCAAGGUACGACCACACACCGAUACAUCGAGCAGUCACCUUAUUAUCCUCAAAUCGGAUAUUACGGAUUCGGCCAAGUGAUGAUAAACAAUCACUUGCUGUUGCACGACAGCAAGAAACUUCGCGCUUUCUUCAACCGGACAUUCGAUGAAGUAUAUGCGACAAAGGAGAGGGAGAUGAAGGUGAUACGCGAGAGGAUCGACAGGAUACGUUAUAUCGACACGGAAUUAAGGACUAUGUUUAAUCGACACGUGCCACACAUCCCUGCUGAUCCUGUUUGGCACUGGCAGGAAAGGCCGGAGAGCAUUAUCAAGGUGCUGGAUCACGAGGUGAAGGCGAAACCGUACGUUUCCCCGUCGCAGCAGGAAUUGUUGGACAAGCAGGCGGCGGAGGAAGAACGAAUCAAAUUAUUGUUGCUGGCUGAUGAUUUUCGCGAGCGUGCCCUAAUGGCGAUGAUGGACGGCGUGCUGGAGGUGCGAUGGGAGGACACUAUCAAGAUAGACAUCCCCAAGCCGGCUUGCAUGCUCGAGAAGAAGCCGGAAAACUAUACGUCCGAAGAUAUAUCGGCGGUGAAACAGUACGAGAAAGACGUGCAAUUCCUUAUGGAGGAACGCGAGCGGUACAACAGGAUGUUGGAGGCGGAGUAUGGAAGGGUCAUGGAGCUUUUGAAUGAUGGGAUUGACAAGUUCAAUGGGAAAUUGUUAGAACUAUUUCGCUUCAAGAUGAAUAUCGAAGCAGCGAUAAAUCAGUUGAAUUUACGAUAUAUCCGCGGUUUGAUCCUAAUCCAUCGUCGAAUGCAGGCCGUGCAAGAAGAGGACAAACUGAAGAAGCAAAUCGUGGAAAAAGAACAAUAUCAGGAAGUACUAAACGAUCAUCUUAACAGUUUUCGCCAUGUUAACGACGAAAUGGUCGCUAAAUAUGGAUUCCUCGUGAACAAAGAAAAAUCUAUAGCCAAAAAGUUCAGAUCCGAAUUCUUUUCUCUGAACAAAUUGCAAGUCGAGCUCCUCGAACAUCAGUACAAUCGCAGACCGAGAAUAAAUACGAAAAAUCUCGAGGCUUCCGACCUCUACGAUUUAGCGAGUCACGUAGUCUCCCGAUUGCCGUGCGUUUACUUGCCAUCGGAAUGCAAAGAUUACCUGAGGAUCUUGAAUCAUUUGGACGUUCGACCAGUUAUUCUUCCAGUGACCAUAGAAACUUCCCACUGGGAAGACUUGAUUCGUCUGCGACGUACCAAGAUCGAUCUCGAGUUGAAGAUCAAGGGACAGCAGGCGGAGAUCGCGGACGUUGAGGCCGUGAUCCUUGGAUUCGAACAGAAGAUAGAGAAGUGCAAAGCCGACGUGGAGGAUAUGAAGAAGAGUUUGAUCGAAACUAGGAAAUGUCGGAGGAUCGAGGAGUUGGACGCGGAGAUACAGUUGGUGUUGAAGAUGGGGCAAGUGGAGGUCCGCCUCGAAGGAGACGUAAACGACGCGCAGAACGCGGUUCUUGUUUCGAAAACGGCUGUCGAAAACGUCAACGAACUGAUUAGAGCUGCUGGGGAGUGUAAACUGCAGGCUUUAUCUCGUCUGUUGAGCUUUCAGAGAGGUACUCUGUUGAAGCAAUGGGAGCAUGAGUGUCAGAAGAAGAGUCUGGAGGACCUGCGGGAGGACCUGAAGUUCACGGAAUCGAUAACGGUGACGAAAGAGAUGCAACGGUACCUGAAGCGCAAGGCCAAAGGACUUCCAGAUGAGAAGACGCCGCAGCAAUUGGACGAGGACAUCGCAACAAUGGAAAGACAGUUCGGUAGGAUCUUGGAGGACCACCAGGCUCGGCUGGAAUCGAUCGAAAAGGAGAUCGCCGCCGUCAGAAGCAAGAACGAGCAGCUCGAUCGGCAGAUCUUGGAGAUGAACGUGGCGAGGUGCGAGAUGGAGCACCGGCGCGAUCUUAUCGCCGAGGCCAGGCAGCGGGAGCACGCGGAGAGGAAGCUGCGGAUGGUGAUGCACCGAUCCGAACUGAUCAAGAAGCUGCAGGAUAAUUACGCCGAGCUGAUCGAACUGCAAACCGAGCACGAACUGCUUAGACUCAGGCGAUACCCGACCUUCCAUUUCAGGAUGCUCGAUGAUAACGACGCGGAGAAGAAGGACGAGCUUCCAAAGUGUCCUUGUUAA